AUGUCGUCAAAGAAGCGGAAGAGAGACACUGGCUCUGAGCCAGCAAAAGCCACCAUCAUACCGAGCGAGAAACCGGCCACCGACUUGUCCAAGAAGCGGAAAAGAGAAGUCGACGUCGAGCUUGUCAAAGUCUACAAUGAUCUUGCCGACGAGCAGGAAAAUGUCCGCCUUGCGGCCGCCCACACGUUGUUGUCCAAAAUCUAUAAACCCGGAAUCACCAGCGACGAGCAGACCGAGACCAUCUUGUCCCGACUCUUUCGCGGCCUUUGCAGUAGCCGAAAAUCAGCUCGCCUGGGCUUCUCCAUUGCUCUCACCGAGCUCCUCUCCCAACUCGCGUCUACUCGAGAUACCUUGCAAAACAUCUCCGUAUCGGCCAUAAUCGACAUCUUCGAAUCUCAAAGCGCACCGGAGAAAGGCACUUCCGGUCAAGAUGAGCGCGAUCAUUACUUCGGGCGAGUCUUUGGUGCGGAGGCUAUCUUGAAGUCGGAUCUUCUCUUUCAGAAAGGAGAUGAAAGCCAUUUCAAUCACCUUCUUGAGCUGCUCUGCAGCCUAGCUCACAAGAAGCCAUGGCUUCGGCAAGAAUUUGGCUGGGUACUCUAUGACUGCAUCGCCCACGAACGCAACAAGUUGCCGGAGAAAUUAGCAGUGGAUACGCUUGAGAAGCUGAUCGCCAAUAAGCUCAUACGAACGCCCGAAGGAGUGGCUAUAUGGAUUGCGGUAACAAGGCGGUUUCCGGCGGCGAAACUGCCCAUAUCGGCAUGGAAGAGUGGUGACCCUUUGGCAAGAAAAGACGUCAACGCCCUUGCUGAUAUUCUCAAGGAUGCGCGGGCUCAGCAGGGCCCGCAAAGCUCAGAGUUGAGCGCUCAAGGCUCAGCCAGAUGGUCCGCUAACCUCCACUUUGCCUGGGAUGUGGUGCUUGCAGAAGUCUUCAAAAAUGCACCAGGCAAAGGUGAGAAAGGAAUCAACGGCAAGAUGCCGACUCUCCAAGGUAAAAAGCUCACUUUCGACGUGUUCUGGAAGACUGUCGUCGAUGAGAGCCUUUUCGCAGAGUCAAGCAGCACGGAACGUAGAGCCUGGGGUUUCGGCCUGUGGAAGAAGGUGUUUGAAACAUCUCCUCGGGAGUUUUUGCUCUACACAUUCACACCACAAGCGACCCGGCGCCUGGCUGAUGCACUCAAAGGCUCAGAGAGGCUUCUUAAAAAGUCCGCAGAGAGAGUGACUCAAAGCAUUCAACUUCGACUAGCAGAACCUGCGCCCUGGCCCGAAGCUGGGACUGUCGCCGCUUCUUACAUGCAGGCUCUGCUGCAAAGUGUUUCGUACGGCGACUUUGACCAAAUCACCAAGUCUAAAACUCUGCACAACUUGAUUGACGUCCUAAGCCCGUCGGUGCUUUGCCAUGCCAAGUUAGCCCUUGGCCAGCUGGUGACGGAACUUUCUCGACAAGAAGACGGCAAAGCGACGCUGUCUCUACAGAAAACGAUGGUAGCAAUACAGUGGAAGAUGGUUUCGGCCAGGCUUCGUCGAUGGGAACAAGCCCAGUGGACAAGUGCGGGCGAUCUUGAAGAAGAUGACUGGAGGCUGGUUACCGGGGUAUUCGAGUCAUGGCUCAGAGAAGUCUGCGUCGCACCAACCGCAAAUAAAUCCACCAAGACGCUCGAAAUUCGACCAAUUCUCCAACCACAGGCUCGCCAGUUUGCGAAAGAACGUCUUGAUCUUGGCUUCGAGCAAGCACUUAAGCUUGGAUCGCUCGGCUUCCAGGUCUUGGACAGAGUCCUUUCCCAUAUCCACUAUCUGGAGACCCUGGGGACCGUCAUGGCCGCCUCCUUCGCGGAUGAUGUCCGGGAAAUAGUGCAGACCGCUUGGCGAAAGUUGUCUGCCACUGCGCGACAAAGUAGAGAGACCUCAGAAAUUGAGCAGACUACCUCGAUUUCACGGCCAGGCCAAGCUCAGAUGCCGCCACUGUCGUUCUCUGAGGCCAUGCGACUCCUAUAUUGCCUUCUGCUCUUUCAAAUCUAUAGCGGCGAGACAGAGACCGUGCAACUCUUACAGGAGGUGCUUGACUACCAUGGUCAAUGGGAUACGAGAAAGUUCAAUGAUCAGUUGCCUAAUGACAAGGGAGAACUGGCCGACGCGAUCGUGGAAAUCCUCCUCAGUUUCGCGUCUAGACCGUCCAAGUUGCUAAGGCGCAUUACACUCCAGAGCUUCGAAGCUUUCGCGUCUAGCCUGACCGGCAAUGGCCUCGAAGCUUUGUGUCGGGUCCUCGAAACAAAGGAGAAUUUGUUGGGUCAGCAGGAGAUGUUCCAAGCCGAAGACGUCGACGGAAUUGGCAGCGAAGCAUCCGACACGGACUCCAAUAUGGACGGACUCGAUUCUGACGUGGAAAUUGAGUCCGGCCCAGCAUCCGACGGUUCUGACGGGGACACGGACAAUGUGUCAGGCUCGGGAGAAGAAUCCGGUGGCGAAGAGGAGGAUGAGGAACUUGCAAAGUUCGAUGCUGCGCUCGCUUCGGCCCUAGGGACACGUAGCCUCAACGAGGACGACCUAGCAGCUCCAUCCGACACCUCUGACGCUUCGUCCGACGAAGACAUGGACGAUGAUCAGAUGAUGGAGCUGGACAUGAAGCUCGCCGAGGUAUUCCGCGCCCGCAACGAGCAACAUUCGAAGAACAAGAAGAAGGAUGCAAGAGAUGCCAAAGAAAACAUUGUGAAUUUCAAGAACCGAGUCCUGGACCUCAUCGAGUCCUACUUCAAGCAUCAGCAGCAAAACCCCUUGACCAUCGACUUGCUCCUGCCGUUACUGAAACUUGCGAGAACGACCCAUACCAAACAACUUGCAGAUCGCUCCUGCAAUAUAAUUCAGCAAUUCUGCUCACGGUGCAAAGGACCUAAUGCUCCCGAGCUUCAGUCUGGGUCUCAAACACAACAUGGAAUUGACGUCCUUAGGUCGCUUCACGAGGAAGCAGGCCUUGAAUCCUCGAACGCGCAUUCAAAUGUGGCCAGUUUGUCCAGCAUACUCAUUGUGAAGGCGCUGGUCAAAGCGGAUCAAGCGAAUAUCAGAACCGUUGUCGACGUUUAUGCUUCGACGAGGAUGAAUCAACUGACAAUGGAGAAGUGUCGGAUACUGCCUGGGUUCUUCACAGAUUGGAACAACUGGUGCCAGACUGCUAGAGAAAAGCUGGCAAGUUGA